AUGGAGCUGGCUCCUGCAGCCUGCUUGUUCACGGCGCAAAGUGUCCCUCUCAGCCCGAGCGGCAAACCCGUCCCGGCGGCGUCGGCCGCCUCCAAGCGCGCGCGCUCGUCCUCCCCGGAGCUCCUCCGCUGCAAGCGCCGCCUCAACUUCGCGGCUUUCGGCUACUCUCUUCCCCCGCAGCAGCCGCACGCCGUGGCGCGGCGCAACGAGCGCGAGCGCAACCGGGUCAAGCUGGUCAACAACGGCUUCGCCACCUUGCGCGAGCACGUCCCCAACGGGGCCGCCAACAAGAAGAUGAGCAAGGUGGAGACGCUCCGCUCGGCCGUCGAGUACAUUCGCGCUCUGCAGCAGCUGCUGGACGAGCACGACGCCGUAAGCGCGGCUUUCCAGGCGGGCGUGCUGGCCUCGUCGCCCGGCCUGGCGGCGCAGGGUUACCCGGCGGCGGAUAUGAACUCCAUGGCCGGCUCGCCCGUGUCCUCCUACUCGUCGGACGAGGUGUCGUACGACCCCCUCAGCCCGGAGGAGCAGGAGCUCCUCGACUUCACCAACUGGUUCUGA